AUGAUCAGCAUUAUGUUCAGAAGUAUGCUGAAAUUUGUGAAAAAGAAAGCUUCUGGGACUAAUUCACUGCAAAAUGUUGAGAUAUCGAGACCUACGAAUUUGAUUGUUUCAAAACAUAAAUUGGUUCGAACCGACACAGACUUUAUUCUUGUUAUGGAAGAUGAUAAAAUUAUUGGAAUCCUUGAUAAAAGGGAUCUUGAAUUGGCAGUUGUUCCGACUGAUAUCGCUCCAUCUCUAUCUUCCAUUUCUCCUCCAUCAUCAUCAGUUUUGCCCACUGAUUCUCAGACGUACCUGGCACCAGAUAGCAUUCGAUCAAUUGGAGAACGUACCCCCCUUCCAUUGUCAUCACCAACUGGAGUCUCACCGAGUCAAUAUAAAACAUUGCCAGCCGGCUUUGGAGCUAAACACCAAUCGAACAUUCCACGUUUUCAGUGGCAAUCCUCACAGAAUAAUAUGACCAGUUAUGGGGAACAAGGCUCAAGCUAUCGGUCUACAAGUGUGGAACAACUUUUUUCGCCUCCGAUUCUCUCCGCAAAUGGUCGUAAUCGUUCUGAAUCUGCUCUCCGACCACAGGGAAGUCAUAAAUAUGACACGAUAUCGUUCUCACCGUCAUCGAAUCAAUUUCCGGGUUCAUCUAGUGCACAAUGCAAUGUCGAGAUUCGUUUGGGCGAUGAUCGUACACCACCUCCACCGCCAAAUCGUGCUCCACCAGCACCAUUGAGCUUCACGCGAUGCCACAACACGAUUGUCCAUCCAGAAUGCUCUUUUCAGCUAGAUUACACUGAAGUGCAAACUGUUUCUGUUGAAGAUCCGGAUUUGAAAGAUAUGUCUCUUGAAGAGAUGAGGAGGCAUGCAGAAGACAUUGAAUCCUAUAUUCAGGAUCAAGUAAAACAACAGUGGAGCCAGCAGAAAAACGAAACGGAGAAAUGGAUCGAACAAAUAGCUGGAAAGGUCGCCAAGACCGAGACAAUGAAUACCAUCAGAUUGGAAAUGACAAAUAAGAAACGUCCAUCACUAUCACAAGCUUUUCUUCCAUUUGAAUCAGAUACGAGCUCACAAUCCACAGAUCCAACAGAUCCGGAACCACAUAAUGGUUAUGAAAAAUUAUACACCUCCAGAGACAAAGCAGUUAUCAAGCGUCAGGGGACCAACGAAUCUGAAGGGGAUAUCGAGGAUAUGAGAUUUUAAUUAAACUUUAAAACAAAACAUUUGACAUGAAGUUUCAUUUUUGGCGGUGUUCAUAUAACAAAAUAAGAAUUUAAUCAUC